GGCCCGGCCCGGCCCGGCCCCGCCGGGGCGGAGCGAGGCGGAGCGAGGCGGCCCCGCCGCCUCCCGGCCCCUCGCCCGCGGCGCCGAGCGAGGCUCUUCCGGGCAGCGCGGGGCCGGCGGCCGGGGAUUGUGUGACAGCGGCACAGAUUCCAGGCCUGCAAGAGACAAGCCUCCCUGCUGCAAGAUCAUCAUUUCCAGGGGAGGAACACACCAAAUAACUCCAAGGAUCUGUGUUCAUCCUGCAGUGUGCCUGGUUGAGAGAUAUACACAUGAAAAUAAUCCUUCUAAUAAACAGUGCUGUACAAUAAUGACCUUAACAGUGAGGAAAUAGCUUUUGAAGAUGGCAGCAGGUAUCCCAUUAGAUAUUAAUAUCAAGGAGCCCCGAUGGGAUCAAAGCACAUUUAUUGGACGAGCCAAUCACUUCUUCACUGUAACAGACCCCAGGAAUAUUUUGUUAUCUGAUGCCAAACUGGAAAAUGCAAGAAAAAUUGUGCAUGAUUACAGGCAAGGUAUCGUGGCACCUGGCUUGACAGAAGAUGAGCUGUGGAGAGCAAAAUACAUCUAUGAUUCAGCUUUCCACCCAGACACUGGGGAGAAGAUGUUCGUGAUCGGCCGAAUGUCCGCCCAGGUCCCCAUGAACAUGACCAUCACAGGCUGUAUGAUGACCUUUUACAGAACGACACCAGCAGUGCUCUUCUGGCAGUGGGUCAACCAGUCCUUCAAUGCUAUAGUAAAUUACACGAACAGGAGCGGGGAUGCCCCAAUCACUGUCAGGCAGCUGGGAACAGCCUAUGUUUCUGCCACCACAGGUGCUGUUGCAACAGCCUUAGGACUUAAUUUACUAGCAAAGCGCGUCUCACCUCUUAUAGGGAGGUUUGUUCCUUUUGCUGCUGUUGCUUCUGCCAACUGCAUCAAUAUUCCACUAAUGAGACAAAGGGAACUCCAGUUUGGAAUUCCUGUCACAGAUGAGGAUGGAAAAAGACUGGGUGAUUCAUCCAAAGCAGCUCAGCAGGCAAUCACCCAGGUGGUGAUAUCCAGGAUUCUGAUGGCUUCUCCUGGCAUGGCAAUUCCUCCCUUCAUAAUGAAUACCCUGGAAAAGAAAGCCUUUUUAAAGAGAUUUCCUUGGCUGAGCGCUCCCAUUCAGGUUGGAUUAGUUGGAAUAUGUCUCGUGUUUGCAACUCCCCUGUGUUGUGCACUGUUUCCUCAGAAAAGUUCGAUGUCGGUGUCGCACUUGGAGCCCGAUUUGCAAGCCAGGAUCAAAGAAAACAGCCCUGGCCUAGAACGUGUGUACUUCAAUAAAGGAUUAUAACUCAAGGAAGGCAAAGUAUCUUUCAAGGAAACACUUGUGAACUUAUUUUUUGAAUUGUGUGCCAACACAGACAAGAACACACCUUUAUCUUGUCCUUUUGUUAAACAAGUUUGAUCAUCUGCAUUAUUUUACAGUUAAAGACUUUCCUCAGUGUAGUGUUUAAAUUACAUAAGGCCACUUUGUCCACUUUGGUAUUGUUUAAACGUUUAAACAUACAUAUGCAGAGAUGUUUACAUAAGUUCUCAAGCAGCUACAAUAACAAUAAACAAGCGCACAAUGAAAA